GUUGCCGGCUCGGAGGCGAGUGCUGGGCUCCGCGCGGCCCCUGGCUGUGUUCGGUACUGGUGUGUCGAUACGAGAGGACCCGGCCGGGAGAGAGCGUCCCGGCCCGGGCUUGGGCCGCACAUUCACGUGAGCUGCGCGGACCGAGACGUGGUGACGAUGGCGGGGCCGCAGCCUCUGGCGCUGCAGCUGGAACAGUUGUUGAACCCGCGACCGCGCGAGGCGGAUCCUGAGGCCGACCCGGAGGAGGUCACUGCUGCCAGACUGGUUGACAGGUUUGAUGAAGGGGAAGAUGGGGAAGGUGAUUUCCUGGCAGUGGGUAGCAUUAGAAAACUGGUAUCAGCAUCCCUCUUGGACACAGACAAAAGGUAUUCUGGCAAGACCACCUCUAGAAAAGCUUGGAAGGAAGACCAUUGGGAGCAGACUCUGCCAGGUUCAUCUGACAAGGAAAUAUCUGAUGAGGAAGGGUCUGGAGAUGGAGAUUCAGAGGGACUGGGUCUGGGAGAAUCCGAUGAGAAUGCGCUGAGUGCUGCUGAGGAACAGGAGUGCAGUGAUGAGGAGAGCAGUCUGGCGUGGAGGAAGAAGAGGAGAAGCUGCUCUGCAAAAACCCCAGGCUUCAGCAUACAGAACCUCAGUGACUUUGAGAAAUUUACUGAAGGAAUGGAUGACCUUGGGAGCAGUGAGGAGGAGGAUGAUGAAGAGGAGGAGAGUGGCAUGGAAGAGGGGGAUGGUGAGGAAGCCUUGGAGGGUGAGAGUGAGGAAGACAGGACUGGAGACAGGAACAGUGAAGACGAUGGUGUGGUGAUGACCUUCUCCAGUGUCAAAGUUUCUGAGGAAGUGGAGAAAGGAAGAGCUGUAAAGAACCAAAUAGCACUGUGGGACCAGCUCUUGGAAGGGAGGAUCAAACUACAAAAAGCUUUGUUGACCACCAACCAACUUCCUCAACCAGAUGUUUUCCCUGUUUUCAAGGACAAAGGUGGCCCAGAAUUUGCCAGCGCCCUAAAAAAUAGUCACAAGGCACUUAAAGCAUUGUUGAGGUCAUUGGUCUAUCUUCAGGAUGAGUUGCUUUUCCAGUACCCAGACACUAGAUAUCUAGUAGAUGGGACAAAGCCCAAACCAGAAAGUGAAGAGAUUUCUAGUGAAGAUGAUGAGCUAGAAGAAGAGAAAAAGAAGCAGAGAAGGGCCCCACCAAAGAGGAAGCUAGAGAUGGAUGGCUAUUCCAGUUUCAUGGCAAAGCGCUUUGCUGAUUUUACAGUCUUCCGAAACCGCACACUUCAGAAGUGGCAUGAUAAAACCAAGCUGGCUUCUGGAAAACUGGGGAAGGGUUUUGGUGCCUUUGAACGCUCAGUCUUGACUCAGAUCGAUCAUAUUCUGGUGGACAAAGAAAGAUUACUUCGAAGGACACAGACCAAACGCUCUGUCUACCGAGUUCUUGGCAAACCUGAACCGGCAGCUCAGCCUGUCCCUGAGAGUUUGCCAGGAGAACCGGAGAUUCUUCCUCAAGUACCUGCCAAUGCUCACCUUAAGGACUUGGAUGAAGAAAUCUUUGAUGAUGAUGACUUUUAUCACCAGCUCCUUCGAGAACUCAUAGAACGGAAGACCAGCUCCUUGGACCCCAAUGAUCAGGUGGCCAUGGGAAGGCAGUGGCUUGCAAUCCAGAAGUUACGAAGCAAAAUCCACAAGAAAGUAGACAGGAAAGCCAGCAAAGGAAGGAAACUUCGGUUUCAUAUUCUUAGCAAGCUACUGAGCUUCAUGGCACCUAUUGACCAUACUACAAUGAAUGAUGAUGCCAGGACAGAGUUGUAUCGAUCUCUUUUUGGCCACCUCAAGCCUUCUGCAGGCCAUCAGGAUUGACCUGGCACCACUCUUGCUGCAGGCCUUGAGGCAGGGCCUCCCAGCACCUAGUGGCGCCAUGGCCAGUUUGGCUGCUUGUCCAGAUGGAGGAAACUAUUGCCUAUGUAGGGCUGAACUAGCAGGGAAAUGCCUGGGAAGGUGCUGUGUUCAGAACAUGUACUGUACCUAAUACAUGCGAGGACACUGCCCUCCACGUCCUUUCCCCAUCACAAAUAAAGAGUAUCGUU